AUGAUUUUGGACUUCGCGCCUAAAACAGGGNCCAGGGGCGCCGGCGGGGGCAGUGAACCCAGCAGUCCAAAGAGUACAAGUAGUGGUGCUACAUCUGCCAAGACUGAUUUCCCCCUUCCUGUGCCCCCAAGAACAGUGAGCCAGACCUCCCCACCGUCACCAAAGCAGCCUUCCACAUCGGGGUCUGCAGCUUCUGCCAUGUCCUCCCAGCAGACUGUAGCAGCUAUUCAACAUUCCAUGUCUACCAGUAGUAAUAUUACCCCACCCAAUGUGGUGGUGGGGGCUUCAGGAGCACUGGAACCCAUGCUGGGGUCUGGGGCUGCCAAAGAGAAGGAGAAGAAGAAAGAGAAAGAAAAAAUGAGUCUGAUGAAAAGGCUGACAAGCAGUAGCAAGGGUAAAAAGUCCAAGUCUGCUCAAGAGACACCAGAGGCCGCCACAUGUCAGGAGGGUGCGUCUGGGGGUCAUUCUCGCAGUGGUUCCCUACCUAGUGAAGAGGGCGCCGUGGCACCUCCCCCGGCAGUGGUGCACCAUAAGAAAACUGGGUCCCUUGAUUCUUCCACGGCACCCACUCCCAAACCUGGCAAGCCAAAGCCUCUGAUCAGAGAAAGAUUUCGCUGUAUUGUGCCAUACCCUCCCCAGAGUGACAUUGAGCUGGAACUGAAAAUAGGGGAUAUAGUUUAUGUGCAUAAAAAACGUGAAGACGGGUGGUUCAAGGGGACUCUCGCAAGGACAGGAAAGACUGGAUUGUUCCCAGGAAGCUUUGUGGAGAGUUUUUAACUCACAAUGAGUUGGGUUCAAAAGAAAAAAACUCAGAAAUGUGCCACGGCCUGCCAUCGGGAUUCUUGGCAAAAGGAAAUGCUCUGGAAUUGGUUUCUGAGAAGUGAAAUAUGUCAUGCUUUCAGUCAUAGUGAGAUAAUGCAGCAUUGAUCGCAGUUCAUCACCAAAUAAUUUGUCCUGUCUGGGCAGUAUUAGAUCAAAGUUGUUAUGGUGAGUAAUCUUGUAGGAACUACAAGAGACACAGACAGCAAUAGAAGGUGUUGUAUUGAGAGACAUGGUCACAGACGGGAGUUGUAAUGGAUUACUCACAUGGGUCUCUUGAUGACAUUUUGAUCAAAGCUGCCAAAACAAGAUAAGCAAUUACAAUUUUAAGACAUAUUUAUCAGCAGAUGGCAUUUUUAGCGGAGCUACCAAAACCAAAUAAUGGGGAAAAAGCAAAAGAUGCAUUUAAGAACAAAAUCAAAAUCAAAGCUGCCAAAUCAGAAAAUGGAGUGAAAGCAAAGAUGCUUUUAACCACAUUAAAUAAUGUUAUGAAAGUGUUAUUAGAAAUUUUGUGAUUGUAAGUUAGUAUCCAGAACAAUGAGACACAAUUGAAAGUGAAGCUGAACGUCUGUAUGUAAAGGGAAAGAUGUAGGAUUUUUAUAUUAAAUGUUUCUAGUGGAGUAGCAGUUUAAAAAUUUUUUAUUAAAGUGUCAAGAAAGCUGUUCUCAUGUGGCCCAUCACCUUAGGUAUGUGGUGUUCAGUCAAUGUACCAGUUGGUUUUAAUAAUCACUAAGUUUUAUAUGUUGUAAUGUUUUUAUUGACGGUUUUAAGAAAUAAUUGUAUGCACCCAUUUCAGUCAGCAUAUUCAAAAAUAAGAUUGGAUUAAAAUUUCUGUCAAAAAUAUGAACAAUUUGAAUCGUGUAUGAUAAGCAUAUCAUUUCUGUUUAGCCAUGCCACUGAAAUAUUGAAAUUCAUUAAAAAAAUAAAACAAGGAUCAAGUAUUCAUAAGUUAGCAUUUACAUGUAUUCUUUCUGUGUUAAGUACAAUGUCCUUAGAUAGAAAAAAGAAACUCAUCUUAACGGGUAUUAUUCGUUAUAAGAAAUAUCAGAAUCUCCCUCGUGGCAGGUUAAUGCAGUAUCCCUCUUAGCCCAGAGGACACUGACUGUUACCUGAUUUUACUACCAUUUUCAUGGGCAAUGCAGAAGGUUUCAGUUUACAACAUAGCAAAAAAAAGUGGUGGGUUUCCUUACAUUCUUUACUGAUUGCAAAAUGUGUCUUCUGCCAAUGAAUAUCUUAGUUAACAUCAACAGGAUGUGUUUUUUUUUUUUUAAAUUCAAAGAUUAUAGAGUGCAGUUAUGAGAUUACUUAUGUUAACUUUUGGUUAGAUAGCAAUAAGAAGCUUCUGGUUUUGAAACAUGACCUUGAUUAUUAUGUUGCUGCCCCUCAUUAUUUAGAUCAUUGGCCAUCAUGCAUGGAGCCAUGCAGCAGUUUAGUUAAAGUAUAUGCUCAUUUUUAAAGUGUUUUUCCCUUUGAAAAAAUAGAGCAUAAACUAUUGAUAGUUAUUGCAUCCUUUUGAUCGAAAAAGCUCAACAGUAUAGAAUUUUAUGCAGAUCUAAUAAUUCUAGACUUUGUAAUUAGGGGAUAUAAUGAGGGGCAUUAUCAUUUAAAGUGACUCCUAGUGCAUAUUUUGCUUAUAUGUUGGAUUAUGAUUAAAAUCGUCAAGGUAUGUGCCCAAGUUCCCAUUGGUGGAAAUAUUACUGAGUGAAAAAUCGUUUUACUUGUGAAAUGGGUAAAAUGUGAAGUUUCGUUAUAACUCACCGCACUGGUAAUAUCACUUGUGGAUUCUAUUGUUUUCUAUAUACAUAUAGUUCAUUGGUACAGCUGGCAUAGCAAAAAAGUAGAUCUGGGCAAAUUUUAUGAAAAUAUAAAUACAGUACGAUAUUAAA